AUGGUGGAUCUAAGAGAUGUGUUCUCCAAUAGACGACAAAUAUUCAUCUUUACUCUUGCUACUAUUUCUGUUCUUGUUGUCGUCGGUAUUAUUAUUGGUCUUGUUUUAGGCUUAAGAAGACCUUCCCGAAAUGUCAGUGAGGAAGUGUGUGGUACCGAUCAUGAAACUUAUACUAUAAAUAGUUCAUCGAUUUUGGGAAAAUAUUCUCGAGCAGCUGUAGCUGUUGAUAAUGGUGAAUGUUCAAAAGUUGGACGCAUUAUCUUAGAGAAAAAUGGUACAACAAUGGAUGCUGCUUUAGCAGCAGCUAUUUGUAAUGGUGUUAUGAAUGCACAUUCAAUGGGUAUUGGUGGUGGAUGUGUUAUAACAAUUUAUUCAAAGAAAAGAAACAAAGUCUAUAGUAUAAUUGGAAGAGAAAAAGCACCAUUAGCUGCUAAUUCAACAAUGUUUGUUGGUAGAACAAAUAUGUCUGCAACUGGUGGAUUAGCUAUUGGAGUACCGGGUGAAUUACGAGCUUAUAAAAAAGCUUAUGAUGAAUUUGGUGGAGGUGUAUUAUGGAAAGAACUAUUUCAGCCAACAAUUCAAUUAUGUCGAGAAGGUUUUCAUGUUAGUGAAGCACAAGCUAAAGCUAUUAAACAAACAACACGUGUUAUCCUUGAUGAUCCUGCAAUGAGAGAACUUUUUAUAAAAAAUCCGGAUACAAAUGAAUUAUAUGUUGCUGGUGAUUUAAUGAAACGACCAAAAUUAGCUCGUACACUUGAAAUAAUAGCUGAACAAGGUGUUGAUGCUUUUUAUACAGGUGAAUUAUCUGAUAAAAUUGUUAAAGAAAUUCAAGAUCGAGGUGGAAUUAUAACAAAACAAGAUCUUGUUAAUUAUGAUAUUGACUUUCAAGAAGCAUUAAGUAUUGAUCUUAAUAGUUCAAUAACUGCAUAUACAACACAUGCACCUACAAGUGGACCAAUUCUUACUUUUAUUUUAAAUAUUCUUCAAGGUUAUCACACACAUGAAAAUGAUUUACAACAAUCAACAACAGCUUCUCUAUUUUAUCAUCGUCUUAUCGAAGCAUUUAAAUUUGCUUAUGCAAAAAGAAGUGAACUUGGUGAUCCAUCAAAGAUAAAUAUAACUGAACUUAUUCGUAAUUUAACUUCAAAAGAAUAUGCUAAUGAUAUACGAUUACGAAUUAAUGAUGAUAAAACAUUUGGUUUUGAAUAUUAUGGUGGAGCAUGGCUAGAUAAACUGACAACAGGAACAGCUCAUUUAUCAGUUAUUGGACUUGAUGGUAAUGCUGUUGCAUUAACAUCAACUAUUAAUCGUUUUUUUGGUUCAACAGUUCUUGGUCCGGAAACAGAUAUUAUUUAUAAUAAUCAAAUGGAUAGUUUUUCAACUCCAAAUACAACGAAUCGUUUUGGUAUACCAGCAAGUCCAGCUAAUUAUAUAGCACCAGGAAAACGACCUGUUUCAUCUAUGGCACCUUUAAUUAUAAUGGAAAAACAUAAUCAACGUAUACAGCAAGUUUUAGGUGGUAGUGGUGGCACACGAAUAACAACAGCUAUAGCUCAAGUAGCUAUGCUUAAUUUAUGGUUUAAUGAUGAUAUUAAAAAAGCAAUAGAUUCUCCACGUCUUCACUCACAAUUAUUACCACAAGAAGUUAUUGCUGAAAAUGGUUUUGAUUAUGAUAUAUUAAAACGAUUGAAAGAUCGUGGUCAUAAUAUAACAUGCGGUGCUUUUGGUGGUUCUACCAUACAAGGUAUUGAAUGGCGUAAUGAAGUCAAUCAAUAUUGGGCUAACUGUGAUAUACGUAAAGGUGGUGCACCUGAUGGAAUAUCUUAA